AUGCACCUCGACUCCAAUGUUUCCAGCUCUAGACAAAGCUUAGAUUCACCCUUCAAUGUCAAGGAUCUGGUUCGUAAUCCAAAUUUUUCUUUGGAUAAAGUGCGAACGUUGUUUGCGGAAUAUGAAGAUGAAAAUAAGAUGAAAAUCGAAGAUGAAAUAAUCGAGGAUAUAUAUACACAGACAAAUGGGCAUGCUGGUCUUGUUUGUCUAUGCGGGCGUGCAAUCGAAGACAACUUGAUCAGUAAAAUAAAAGGUGACCGAAUCCUAAGCCAUGGGGUUUGGGUGCGUUUCAAACUCAUUUCAUUAAUGGAUGAGAUUGCUCAGUACCAAACGUUUAAAAGAAUAAUUAAUUCUCUCUUGGACUCCAGUGCUAUGACUGCAGUGAGAUUUUUCCGUGAUUAUUUUCUGUUGGAAGAUGUUGAGCAUGAAGUAAAAAUUGUCGAUACCGAUAGUGCAGAUUUCCUUGCUGCCGAAGGGGUUCUAAUACCUGUCACCGAAAGAGCUGAAAGAGCAUUUAGGCUUUCCUCUCCUAUGGUGCGCAACAUAGUUCUUCAGCGCGUAAUCCUUAAGGUGUUUCCUUUUUGUCCACAAAAGGAUAUCCCUUAUAAGGGUAAUUCUCGUAAUCUAGACAUUUUAAUGUCUUAA